GUAGCAGGUGGCAAAUUUAACUUGUCUGCGAGACAAGCGAAAGACUUGCUUAUGGAGCAAAAGCAAAUGCAACGCAAUCGCGCACUUGCGCGUGAGCGUGCGUGUCAGAAUUGCAAACGGGCAGGGCACAAGACAAUGGAUUGCCCAGAACCUUUCGGAACCGACGAAGCGUCACUGCACGCGCGCGCUGUGCGACUCCAGGAAUGGUUCAACCGUGUUGCUGCACUAGAAUUUCAAGCGCGAAGUCCAAGUCAAAUUCUGUCUCGGUCGUCUUCGGAAAUGACUAGUGGUUCGUCAGGGUUGCAACAGCAAAAUAAGAUGACUUGGUGUGCUCUCUGCGGUUCGAAGGAUCACCUCUUUAGGAAAGGAAAACUUGUUCCUGCAAACGCAUCGCCUACACGAAAACAGCGACAAGGUACUUGCUCUUGUUACUGACUGACGCCGGCUGACUGUUGAGAAGAAAGAAAGAAUCGUUUAAUAUCGUUGCUUGAAACAGAUGGAAGCUCAAGUUUGUCUUCAAAUGAGUUUCGUUUUCUUGAUUUCCCAUUCCCAUUCCAGCAUCUUCAGGUAUCGAUGAUAAAGAGGCCAAGAAGAAUGCCACGCCGUCUCAACUACACCAAGAAGAUGAACAAGUUGAUGAACAUGGGCAAGACCUUCAGAUUGUUUCCGCAUGCAUACUCCCACCGACCAGAGAGGAGAUUGAAGCUUUGGAGGAGUUGGAAAGGAAAAAAUUCGAAGAGUCCCAGCAAACCAGGCGCGGCACGCGAGACAGACCAGGCAGAUUGCGGGAGUGCACGUUUUGUGGCGCAAAGGGCCAUAUCUACUACGAAUGCAACAAGCGAAGGCGCUUCCUGGACAAGUGGUUGUGGCGGAUCCAGCGUCGAGAAGGAGACACGAGUCCACCGACUGGCGUGAGCUCUGAUUAUACACGACUGAAUGGGAAAGCAGGCAGCAGGAAUCUUCGAAAUGGAACGGGUCCCGAUGGAGGUGUUGACAGAAAUGCUGACGAUUGGGACCACGAGGACCCAAUUACCCAUUUGUGGCUUCGCUUGGAUUCGUCAGACGAGUUGAUCAUCUAUGAAACUGACGAGGAGCCUGCAAAGAUGACUCAGCGCCGUCCAAUGCACUACCACCAGGCCUAUCGAAUACCGAAUACGCAAACUACAACGGAGAACACUACUGGUUCUGAGGAAGAACAAUUGGAGUUGCAAUCGGGUCGCAUAACUACCACACCCUCGUCCGGAAAAAACAGCGCCAUGCCUUGGGACUGCUUAUCUUUCCUCUCGGUGCAGGUUUAUCACUCCGUUGGGGAUCUUUUUACCUAUUACCCAGUCUUCAAGACUCUAUUGGAAUGCUACGAAACUCGUGAAAAAGAGUUUAGACUUCUCGACGACCAAAAAGUGGCCUCCUCUACGUCGACGUUUGCCGACGUAACAAAACACCUUUUCAACCACAAAGUAAACAACAUCUUAGCAUCAGACGAGCCUACUUUCUCUAUGCAAGACUUGGAGGCGCGUCUCCACCGAGGUUUCGAUAUGGAUGACCCGGGCGCACAAGUUGGCUGCAGCAUCGCGGAAAACGCGCAGAAAUAUUCGAUGCGAGGUCAGGGACUGUGCCCAGUAAACGGCAACGGCCUCGCAACAACAAUCUUCAUUAGUGGAAUGGAGGCGCAAAUUCUGAAAAAGCUUUCGGCAUUCUACCAGAUUCCCCGCGAGCCGCUUCUGCAUGGGAUUUUCCUCGUAGCGGAGGCCCGCGCCUCAGGCCAGGAGUUGGUAGCAUAAUUAGGCUUUUUUUUGGAAACUCCGUCUGCUUGGCGACCACUGCCCCCCAAUGGUGAGCGGAAGGUUUGCCGCGAUCGCCGCGUGUUGGGGCGCGUAGCCGUUAGCAUUCUCGAUUUGCAUUCGGGUCGACUCUUUCGUGACGCCGGGUGUGUCUUUCUUCUCCCCUUCUUUGUUUAUCUUUCGAAUACAUAGCCGCCCGCCCUGCUUCUUUUCCGUCUUGGUGGCUGGAGAAGUUGAUGGCAGGCGCGCUCUUUUUGUCGCAGGCGGGCCCCUGCAGCCUCAAUUGUGGGCGGCUGUGUGGCUGGAUAUUUAGAGAGGCCGGAGGGCCGCGGCGACGCUGCGCACGCACGACCAGGCGAGGGGCGCCGCGGGCUCUCUGCCUUGUUGGCUUGGUUUAGGCUCUCUUCGAGGCGGCGCGGACAAAUAUUGCUAGUAAUGACCUGCGGGGGCACUUCUAUCAGUUUCUCAGUGCAAAGAAUGGGGACGGGUGUGGCUUGGUUUCACACUGGUGCGCGGCUGGGUGGGCUGGUGUGGUACAUGCCACACCCCCCAGGGCCCCCGCGUUGGGUUUUUUGCAAUCAUCUGACUGCCCUCACUUGGUUGUCUUCCCGUGGUGAAUGCCCCGCCUACCGGCCUGGGCUGGUGGAGCGUUCUUGUUCUCUACUUCAACACCUCGGCAAGGGUGCGCCCGCAGGGCGCAGCGAAAAAAUUUUCAUGGGCAACUCGAGCAACCCGAGAAACUCGACCCGAUAUGGGUCAAAAAAAGCCUAAUCCUAUUAUAUGAAAAAUUUCCCCUUUCCCAAGUUAGUUUGUUCGCGAUAAUUGCUGCUUACUACUCUAUUCUCUGUGUCACAACGACAGCUUUUUGAGGAAUGAUAGGGUAUCUAGUUCUAGGUAGAUGUUCGUUCCUCCCAAAUGUUCCACAUUAAGCUUAAUCGAUCCGCCAGGCUCAUUAUUUUCACCACCAUGCUUGAGAUUGGGUUUAUUGCUCUUUGUCCAUCUUCGUGGCUUACUCUUCAGGUUGAGUCGACGCUCUUCAUGCUUCAUCGCGACGGCGAAGAGGAUAACAACCGAGUAGGACUUUAUUCGGACUGGCGUGACCUGACAAUCCAAGUGCCAAAAGAGUCUGCCACUGUCUUGGGCACUGUGCAACAGCUACAUAACAAGAUUCGAAAUCGCGAGUGGCGCCUUUUCAAUCCAGUGGCUUAUGCAGAUCGAACGGUCGUGAACUACAAUGUGCUGGAUCCAGCCCCACGCGGAUCGCAUGUUGCCAAGUUUCAGCGUAUUUUGGACGAGGAUUUCCGAGUUCCGAAGGGUGUAGCUGGCGGCCAUCGACGCAAGCUGCGAGACCAAGAUGAGCGAAUGCAAAUGGACUGCCAGAUGAAGCUGAAUUUUCACCAGGAUACUGCCGAUGUGUGGCGUGUCGAUAUUCGGAUCGACGAUAGCAAGGCAGGUUCAGGUGGAGAUCAUCGCGAAUCAGUGAUCUGGAUGCACAAGUUCAAGUUCAGCGUCGUUGAUGCUUUUUGGGCACUGAUGCAAGAUCCCGCAGCGAAAUUAUGAACGAAGCGCCUUCUACUUCUAAUAAAAAAUCACCUACUUACUUAUAAAUAUUUAAUAGGAAUAUUAACAGAAGUUUCCUACUUACUUAUAAAUAUUUAAUAGGAAUAUUAACAGAAGUUUCCUACUUACUUAUAAAUAUUUAAUAGGAAUAUUAACAGAAGUUUCCUACUUACUUAUAAAUAUUUAAUAGGAAUAUUAACAGUUUCUUGAAGAACUUUCUUGAUGCUCCGCUUCUGAUGGAUUACAGAAUGAGUAGUCUAAGAUACGAGAUCGAGAACAAGAACUUCAACUUGUUCCCCUUGGUUAAAGAACAGGUCAAGAAAGUCUUUAUUUUCUCAACGUCCUCAACAUCACUCAACAUGCUCCUCAACAUCCUCAACAUCACUCAACAUCCUCAACUACAUCACGUUCAUCUUCUAAUACAUGUCCACCGCCGCUUUCCGCGAGAGACUGUCAUCGAGCCAUGGUUGCGUAGACGGGACGAGGAGUGGACCUGCGGAGGUCCUGAAGGCAAGAAGGAGUACGACAACUUGAAGAAGCGGAUCCGUGAAAAGUUAAGGCUCAACUUUCAAUGGUCACCAUUUAGAUUGGAGUCACCAUUUAGAUUGGAAGAAGCGACCCCUUGAGAGGGAAAAGGGGAGAAGGGAAAAGGGAAAGGGGAGAGCUUUGAAGGGGGUCUCUACUUCCGUUCCGCAUCAGUGACCAUCGAGUGCUGAGCUUUAAAAAAGGCAGAGGAGAUUCGACGUUUGCAGCGAGGUCGAAACAAAAGAAGUGCUGAGAAGGAACGUGCCAAAGAUGAAGAAAUAGAAAAGAGGACUAAUUGUUCUACUUCAUCUAAAGAUAGUUUUUACGUGAAGAACGACGAGCCGGUUUUGAGGGCAGACGCGUCCCAUGCAGUUGGGAGCUUUUGAACACUCAUGUUAUUUGAUUGCCAAAAAGAACUUAACCUGCUAUUACAAAUAUCAAAAUCAACAAAUAGAAUAGAGAUAGAUUUUUCUUUGCUGGCUAUGGCCAAGAUCACCCAAUUUAUAACUUUCUUGAUGUGAACCUUUUAUCCGUUCAUCCCCAUUCGGAUUUCAUCAUUCUUCAUACAAAAAUAUUAUGCAAGAGUGAAAUUAGGAAUCAUCUAAGCACUUCUGUAAGACCCACGCAGGAGCACUCGGGAAUAAAUAGCCAAUUAUGAUAAAAUGUACCACCUUAUUAUACAUUUUUGUGUUGACUACACGCAAUGAUCAUGAUCAACCCAAGAACGCACGCAUACAGCUAGGUAGAUAUGGUAUAAACUGUAGCCCUCCCCACAGAGGAGGAUCAUAUUCUUUUUAUAUUCGUCUUCUAUAGAGGGCUUCGACGAAGAUGAUACCAUGACAGAUCAUGGACCUAUUAAAUAGAAUUUGUUUUAAGAUUUGUUCGUAGAAGGAAUAGAAGCAAGGUACUCAAAGAACUACCGAGUAUGAACAACUUGCCACUUCUACAAGAGAUAUAAUGGAGCAAGAUAGAUGAUCAUGAUGGAAACUCAUGCUUUUGCCCUUGCAGUUUCGCUUUCUUUGAAAAACAAUGAGAAAACGGGGAUUAUAUCAGUGAAUCUUCUGAAAGAUGACAAGAUUUCUUCACGCCGCCGGGCCAGG